AUUACCGUGCUAUUAACCAUAUAGGCCUACAAGUAAAUUGUUCCUUGCCAUUGUCUGUACAUUUCAUUUCCAUCGAAAUUUUCCUCGAUUGAGAAAAACAAAAUAACAACAGCACUAUUUUUGACAGUUCAGUGACAGUGGGAUAGUAGCAGUCUUUCAGUGAGAAUGAAUCUGUCUGGCGGACGUAGCAGCGCAGUCUGCUUGCUGCAGUUUGGACGGUUGUGUGCAUGAGCGGAGGGAUACCAGUUUUACGUUGCAGUGAUGUGACCAGUGUUCAGUUUCUCGCGGAGCAAAAGAGAGUAUUUGCGGGUGGAGAUUGCAAGAAAUUUAAAUCCCCCGGGUUGUGCUCGACACGUUUGAGAAGAUAUUCCAGUCAUUUUUAUUUGUUUCUUUCUUUUGUUCCUAUACCCAGUUUCAUGUAGUAAAUGUCCAAUCGAUAGAAAAUCGGUGCUGAAGUUUUCGAGGGUUUUUUCACUCUCCGUGAAAGGCCAUGGCGGUGGAAGCGCGGCCGGAGCUGGUUGGGAAGCGGUUCCUCUGUGUCAGCGGCGAGGAGCCGCUUGAGCUCGGGGAGAUCGGACGCUGGGGAUGGCGAGCCGGGGUCAUCCGUGCAGUAUCUCACCGCGACACUGACAACGCUGAGUUGACGGUGUAUGUCGAGUUUGAUGACCUUGAGUGGGAGAAGCGUGAGUGGGUGAAGGUGUACGAGGACUUCCGGAUCUUUCUGGUGGAGCACCAGCUGGUGUGGGCCAAGCGGCGCGACACAACCCAGCCAACGCCGGCCAAGGCCAAGCACGUCCAGUGGCCUGCACUGACGUUCAAGCCCCUGGUGGGGAAGGCGGUGCUGGGCUCCACCACUGCAGUGGAGUUCUUCUCCGACCGCCGCCUCGACUUCCUCAGCGACGACGGAGCCUACCAGCCCUAUCAGGAUGAAGCGGACAGCUUAAGUCCUGUUCUCAGGGACAACCAGCAGCUUCAUGAAGAAGUGAAAGCCUGGGUAAAAGACCAGAAGGUCCAGGAGAUUUUUAUGCAAGGUCCCUACUCGUUGAAUGGCUACAGAGUGCGUGUUUACAGACAGGACUCGGCCACUCAGUGGUUUACAGGCAUCAUUACCCACCACGACCUCUUCAGUCGCACUAUGGUGGUUAUGAAUGAUCAGGUACUAGAGCCUCAGAAUGUGGACCCGUGUAUGGUACAAAUGACUUUUCUCGAUGACGUCGUCCACUCAUUGCUGAAAGGAGAGAACAUAGGCAUCACGUGUAGGCGCAGGUCUCGUUCCAGCCAGAACAACAGUACAGCCCACCAGACGUCAGGAGGCAGACCCACCACCAGCGCAGGAGGCACUCAGGGUCACUACACUCGCGCCCAGGCCAACAGCCCUCGACCCGUCAUGAACUCAUCUAGCUCCGCCCCCAAGCAGGCUGGCCAAUCCCAGCAGCAGCAGCAGCAGCAGCUAUCCCAGCAGGCCCAGCAACAGCCAUCCCAUCAACACCAGCAACAACAGCAGCAGCAGCAGCAGCAGCAGCAACCGCAAUCAUCGCCGGGCCAACAGCGAGGCUCACGCUCCUCGCGCCGCAAGGGCUCAGACAGCAGCGUGCCUGACGAUGACGCCAACAACAAGGUCAAAGAGGAGAAGCCCGACGUUACUACGCGAGGAGACUUCCCGACCUCAAAGCAGAGCAAAAGCGGCAAGCAGUCAGCCACGAGCCGGCGGCGCAAAGUGGAGGAGGACGAGAAGAAGCCGAGCGGUGCCCUGAAACGCUUGAAGACGGAAGCCGGCAGCGGCGCCAGCGGCAACGGCGGCUCGGACCAGUCGGACCAGAGCAGCGACUCCGAGAACUCGCAGCGAAGGGGCCGCGCCUCGGCCGACUCCCACUCCUCCGCCUCCAACUCCUCGUCCUCCUCCUCGGAGCCCAGCUCAGAGAACGAGCUCAGGGGAGGAGGCAAGGCGGUGAAGGAGGAGGUGGUGUCAGUACCUGCCACGACGGAACCAGCCCGCUCCUCCUCGAGGACUGAGGAGCAGGAGGAGCGGGAACACUGGGAACGAGAACGGGAACGUCGGGAGAGGGAGCGGGAACGAGAGCGGGAACAGGCUCUGAUUGGUCGACUGUCGCCGUGGGAGGAGCAUCAGCGGCCGGAGGAGAGAAGCAGAAGCAGAAGCAGCAGCGUCAGCAAACCCGCACCUGCCGCCGGCGCAGAAACGCCACAGGUGUCCGAGGCGGUGGAAAGGGAACGACGGGACGAGAGGCGGUCACCGCGUCCGCCGCAUCCCGCCGCGCCACCCCUCCCGGUCACCACGGAAACGCAAAGCAGCGUGCGACCUAGCAGCACUGGUAGCACUAGCAGCAGCAGCGGCGGUUGCAUCGUGGAGAUGAGAAGCACAGUCAGGAGUCCGCCCACCAAGGAGCACUACAGUCUGCCGGGCCCACCGCCCCCGCAGCGCACCCAGACGCCCAAGCAGACGCCGCCGCCCACCUGCGUCAUCGACAUCACGGACGACGCCGGGACACACCCCAGCUCGCGGGAGAGCUCGGAGGCCGUGUCGGCCCUGCUGGCCUCCCAGAAGGCCGAGCGCUACACGCCCGAGCCCCGACACUUGGUGCUAACCCCCACGCCCCCUUCAGACCUCAGGAAAGGGGAGAACGAGCAGCAUCAUCCACAUCAGCAACAGCAGCAGCACCAAGGUGCUAAGCUCGAGUUCGGCCACCUGGAGGUCAUCCGACCUUUGACCUCUGUGAGUGAGUCAGCGGCGGCACUGGCCGAGCGGGAGAAGGUGGCGGCACACCAGUACACGACUAUUGUGCCGUCGUGCGUCAACAAGGCCACCGUUGCCGAGGAGACGAGGCGGCAACAGAGGCCCAGUCCCUCGCCGGACGCGCUCGUCAAACCCACCCACCGGCCCUCGCACCCCGGCCACGCCACCAACCCCUCACCCUCGCCUGACCUCCACCACCACCACAAAGCUCUGCUCCGCCCGCACACCAACCUCUCGCCGGAUUCCAAGCCGUCGUCCAAGCCCCACGGCAUCCUGGAGGCGUGCAAGCCGCGCCCCAACACGUCGCCGGAGGUCUCCAAGCACAAAGCCCGGUUCCCUGACGGUUCCCCGCUCCACAACAGUGUCCUAUCCUCCUCCUCCUCUUCCUCCUCCUCGCAGCAGCAGCAGCCCUCGCCGCACCGUUCCCCUGUCUCCAUGUGCAAAUCUGAGCCCUCGCCCUCCCCGUCGCCCUCGCCGCGCUCCAGCUUCAAGCCGGUGCUGGCCCGUUGCGAGCCCACCAAGAGCCCCCUCAUCAUCGACAAGAACGAGCACUUCACCAUCUACCGCGACCCGGCGCUGGUGCGCGCCGAGAGCGAGCCUCCUCCCUCUGCGGCCGCCGCAGCUGCAGCAGCCGCCGCCUCGGCUAAUCACGUGACGGCGUACCUGCACCCGCACCUGCACCCGCUGCACGGCUCGUCCCACGCCACCUGCCUGACGCCCGGCUCGCACCACGCCUCCCACCUGCUGCCCGCCUCCUCCAUCAACCCGCACGGGGCGCCGCCGCAUCCACCACCUCCCCCUCACCACCCCUCCGUGCACCACGCUCACCUGCUGCAGGGCGUCCUGCCCGGCAUGCACCCGCAUCCGCCCUCCUCCAUCCUCAGCGGGCACCCGAGGGUGGGCGUGGAUUCGGGCGGUUUGGGGCACCUGGCUCUCGCCGCCGCGGCAGCCCACCACCAUCCUCAUCAGCAGCAGCAGUUUCUGCAGCAGCCACCGGGGGCCUCUGCGCUCCUGCACGGACCAUCUCCUCACGGGCCGCAGGGGCCUGGCGCCGGGCCCUACAACCAGCUGGGCCUGUACCCCAUCAUCUGGCAGUACCCCAAUGGCACCCCGCACUCGUACCCUCCGGGCCUGGGCCUGCCCUCCUCCAAAUGGGUGCACCCCAACGAUAGUCCAGACAGCACCUUACGGAGGAACACGGCCAGCCCCUGGCUGCAUCAGCACACGCCCGUGUCCUCGGCAGACGGCCUGGGACUCCUGAGCCACGUCCCCGGCCGGCCGGCCAGCGCAGACCCCCAUCGGCCCAUCAAGAUCCCCAGCGCCCACGCCAGCCCGCCCCUCUCCAAGAGCGCGGCCGACCACCACAAAGAGGAGCUGGAGAAGAAGGUGUUUGGCGACCCCCUACGCGGCAUGACGGUGGCCCACCUGAAACAGGAGCCGGACCGCAGCCGCACCCCCACGGGAAAGGAGCUGCACCGGCCCGGCUACCUGGACCCUCUGUCCAAGACGCCGCGCCUCGUCCCCCCGCCGCCGCAAGCGGACGCCUCCGAGCGCGCCGCCAGCAAGUACAAGGAGGAAAACCGACGCAUCCUGCAAGAGAGCAUCGAGGUGGCGCCCUUCACCGCCAAGCUAAGGCCGGGCGAGUCGGAGCGCGGCGACGGGUACCCCCGCGUGCCUCCGCCCCUCCCGGGCUCCGCCGUGGCACACCCUGUGCCCAGCAAGCCUCACCACGCUCCUCUGGGCCCCGAGCGGGACCACCGAGACCAUCGCGACCAUCGCGAGGCCGACCAGCGCCCGCCCUCCGCCUCCGAGCUCUACAAGUUCAAGCCGGCCGUGCAGCAGAGCAACUACUUCACCACGCUCUCCAACAGCGUGGUGAACGAGCCCCCUCGCCUCUACCCCUCCAAAGAGCUGAACUCGUACUUUGAUAAGGUGGUCGGCAAUCCGCCCUCGUCCUCGUCUAGUCCCUUGUCCCUGGGGUUCGCCCCUGGUGGCGGUGGGCAAGGUGGCGCCGGAGGUGGUGGAAGUGGGGGCCCCAAGUCCCUCUCCAAGCCACCGCCUCUCAUCAAGCACCAGCCCGAGGGGGAGGGUCUGGUGGGCAAGAUCUCGGAGCAGCUCUCCCAGCAGCAGCAGCAGCAGCAGCAGCAUCAUCAGGCGGUGCUGCACCAACUCCACAGCCCCCACCAUCAUCACCAACACCAUCACCACCACCAGCACCAGCACCAGCACCAGCACCAGGCCGCCGGGGAGCCUCGGAGGAGCCCCGUACUCUCGGCCACCGGUCAGCUCCGCAUGCCGGCACUGCACCGCGCCCCGGUGUUCCACCCGCCCACUCAGCACACUCUGGAUCGCGGCAAAGAGGCCAGCAACAGCUACGGUCGCCUCUCGCCGCCCACGCUCACCCCCAUCCAGCCGGUCAGCGUGGCCGGGAAGCUUCCGGAACAGCAGAAGCCGCCCACGCUGCUGCCCGAGCUGAGGGAGGUGAAGAGCGGGGCCGAACUGAGCGGAGGAGGGGCGGAACCGUGGCGGGUCGGCGGUGGCGACAGUGGCGGUGUCCCCGGACACGACAGACUUGCGUGGCUGGAAGACAAGGGCCGGAACAAGACGCACGGCGCCACCGCCUCCGUUAUCGUGCGGCCACCCACAUGCAUCAAAUAUGAUGGGGGCUCGUCCGGGAUCAAGGCCUCCAUGCUCAGGGAGCCGGAGAUUGCAAGGCCCGUCCUCCUGGGAAAGAUGCUCCACAUGGACGCAAGCGCAGGCAAACUGCAGGAGAACAAUAGGGACACUAGCCGAGUCAUUCUGCCCAACACCAACCUGGAGGACAUGUGUGCGCAGUACAAGAAGGGUAUGAUCCGGACGUCUCAGCCUGGCAUUCCCAGCCACAUGAUGUCAUUGGCCAACUCUGUGUGCAAUAUCCGAACUGACAUGAUGACCACUUCCUCUUCGUCUGCCUCCUCCUCCUCCUCCUCCUCCUCCUCCUCCUCCACGGCCGCCUUCAGUGUCUCGAGCCGUGGCGGAGAUCGCGGUGGCUCUGAACUCUAUUUCCCCGCUAAUACUAACUCUAAUCCCCACCCACACCCACAAACUAACAUGAGCAGCAUCAACAGGAUGGAGAACUCCUCGACCCCCAAGCCCCGGUCUCUGGCCGGGUCUGACGUCCAUGAGUGCAGCAGCAGCAGUUCCGGCACCACCUCUCCCAACACGCUGCCGUCCUCAGGCACGGCCUCCCCGGCGCCGCACUCCUACUCCGGAAACUUCGUCCAUCUGAAGAAGCACAAGGCGGCUCUGGCCGCGGCACAGCAGUCCAAGAGUUCGGGCAGCACUCCCGAAAGCGAGCGCCCCCCGCCGCAAGGUCCUCCUACCCCUGGCACCGCAGCGCAGGAAGCCAGAAUGACCCCCUCGCCUGCUAGCAACACCGGCAACAGCAGUGCAGCCGGCAAAGGAGCGCCUCCCCCUCUGCCCAACGGCCAGUCCACCCCGCCCCCCAGCGUGCCCUACCACAAGUUGAAAAAGGCCUGGCUGACGCGCCACUCGGAGGAGGACCGCAGCACCACCAGCCAGCCCGAAAAGCCUGGCUGCGCCCCGCCGCCCUCCACCACUCCCCCGGCCUCGGACAUCAUCAAGCCCUGCAGUGUCAACCUGGUGGCCUCCACUUCUGCUUCCGCCUCGGUCUCGGCCUCGGCCUCGGCCUCGGCCUCUGCCUCUGCGUCCGCCAGCGAGACCGACUCUGGCAAGGAGGGCAAGGCCAGCUCCGAGGAGGGCAACGGGGAUAAGCCGAGCCCGGAGGACAGGCGGACGCGGCGCGGCUCCAAGCGGCCCUACGAGUCGGGCACGGACAGCGCCGAGGACUCGGACGGCAGCGAGAGCGGCAAGACGGAGCAGCGCACCAAGAGGCAGCCCAAGCCCACCUACAAGAAGAAACAGAACGACAUGCAGCGCGGACGCAAGGACGAGGACGACAACAAGCCCAACGGAAUAUUCCGCAGCGCCCGGGAGAAGACCAAACUCAAGCUGGCCAGUAGCAACGGCAUCCCACGUUCGGUGCUGAAGGACUGGCGUAAGGUGAAGAAGCUGAAGCAGACGGGCGAGUCCUUCCUGCAAGACGACUCGUGCAGCGAGAUCGGCCCCAACCUGCAGAAGUGCCGCGAGUGCCGCGUGAUUCGCAGCAAGAAGGGCGAGGAGCCCACACACUCCCCCGUCUUCUGUCGAUUCUACUACUUCCGACGGCUGUCGUACAGCAAGAACGGGGUGAUCCGCAUCGACGGCUUCUCGAACCCGGAGCAGUUCGACGAGGAGGCGUUGUCCCUGUGGGCGCCCGACAUGUACGAGGAAAGCGAGCUGGACCUGGACACCUCCAAGUACAUCCUCAGCUUCAUCGGGGACAAGUUCUGUCAGAUGGUCUCCAUGGAGAACACGGCCUCCAGCUGGAUUAAGAAAGACGCCAAGAUGGCGUGGAAGCGUGCGGUGCGUGGCGUGCGGGAGAUGUGUGACGCCUGCGAGGCUACGCUCUUCAACAUCCACUGGGUGUGCCAGAAGUGCGGCUUUGUGGUCUGCCUGGACUGCUACAGGGCCAAGGAGAAGAAGAGCUCCAAAGACAAAGAGCUGUAUGCCUGGCUGAAGUGUGUCAAGGGUCAGCCUCACGACCACAAGCACCUGAUGCCAACACAGAUUAUCCCUGGAACGGUGCUGUCAGACUUGGUGAGUGCCAUGCAUACCCUGAGGGAGAAGUAUGGCAUCCGUGCCCACUGUGCCUGUUCCGCCAGCAAGCAGACAGCUCUGCUGGGCAAGCUGCCCUCCACCAACGGAGUCUCCCAGGUGCUACAGAACGUGCUGAACCACAGCAACAAGAUCUCUCUGUGCAAACCGGAGGGCCCUGUCUCCAACGCCACGGUCAAGCUGGAGACUAACGGCGGCGGAGCGGCAAGCCCGGCCAGCGACACCAGCAGCGACCCCAAGCUCACGCCGCCCGAGUCCCAGUCACCACUACACUUCCUGGCAGACCUGGCCGAGCAGAAGUCCCGCGAGGAGAAGAAAGAGAACAAAGAGUCCCUGGGCUGUGUGAAGGGCAGCGUGCAGGUGAAGGAGGAGGGUGUGGGUGUGGUGGUGGGCAUGGAGGGCGUGGAGGCGCUGCACUGCAAGGCCACGUCGCUGGUGUCGGCCGCGGUGGCGGCUGCCGCAGUGGCGGGCGGCGGCGUUGGCGAGCAGGGCUCCACGCUGCGUGACCUCCUUACCACCACUGCCGGCAAGCUGCGCCUGGGCUCCACUGACGCCGGCAUCGCCUUCGCUCCCGUCUACUCCACCGCCUCGCAGACGGGCAAGAGCGGCCGCAGCAUGCCCAACAUCCUGGACGAUAUUAUCGCCUCGGUGGUGGAGAACAAGAUUCCGGCCAGCCGCGGGGCCACCAAGCUGGGCCUGAAGCAGGAGCCCGGAGUCACCGCCACCGAGUCUGAAACGCCGCCACCACGCUCCACGGCCGAGCAGCAGCAGCGCAACAAGACCAAGCCCCCCACCACCACCAGCACCACCACCACCACCACAACACCGGCCACCAUCCCGGAAGAGCCCCCAAAGCUCCACGCGGAUAUUCCUCACUGCUGGCUGUAUGGCCAGAAGCUUCUCUGGCUCAAGGACCACCGCAACUCCAGCAACUGGAAGCUCUUCAGGGAGUGCUGGAAGCAAGGCCAGCCGGUGCUGGUGUCUGGGGUGCAUAAGAAGCUGAAUGCCAGCCUGUGGAAGGCGGAGUCCUUCCUCCUGGAGUUUGAGGACCACCAGGGGGACCUUUUGAACUGCAAGGACAGCGUGGUCAUCUCCAACUCCGGCAUCAAGGAGUUCUGGGACGGCUUUGAGGACCUCACCAAGCGGCCCAAGUCUAAAGACGGGGAGCCCAUGGUGUACCGGCUGAAGGACUGGCCAUCGGGAGAGGAGUUCAUGGCCCUCAUGCCAUCCAGGUAUGAUGACCUGAUGAAGAACCUGCCCCUGCCGGAGUACUCGGACCCCGAAGGGAACCUCAACCUGGCCUCCCAUCUGCCCUCCUUCUUCGUUCGGCCCGACCUGGGGCCCCGGCUCUGCUGCGCAUACGGAGUGGCGGCGUCUCAGGAGCAGGACUUUGGCACGGCCAACCUACACGUGGAGGUGUCGGACAUCGUCAGUGUCCUGGUCUACGUAGGAGUCGCCAAGGGCAACGGAGUGCUCUCCAAGACAGGUGUGUUGAAGCGUCUGGAGGAGGAGGAUCUGGACGAGCAGGUGAAGAGGCGUCUGAAGGACUCCAGCGAGACGCCGGGCGCCCUGUGGCACGUCUACGUCAGCAAGGAUGUGGACAAGGUCAAGGAGUUUCUGCACAAGGUGGCGAAGGAGCAGGGUGUGGAGCUGGCGUCGGAGCAGGACCCUCUGCGUGAGCAGGGCUGCUACCUGACGCGGAAGCUGCGGCAGCGUCUGCUGGAGGAGCACGGCGUGCAGGGCUGGACUGUGGUGCAGUUCCUCGGGGACUCUGUCCUCAUCCCCGCCGGAGCCCUGCACCAGGUGCAGAAUCUCCACAGCUGUGUGCAGGUCAUCAACGACUUUGUGUCUCCGGAGCACGUGCAGCACUCCUUCCGCCUCACCCAGGAGCUGCGCGCCUCCAAAGAAGAAGUCAACUACGAAGACAAGCUACAGGUCAAGAACAUCUUCUACCACUGUGUGAAGAACGCAGUGGGCACGAUGAAGCGCUGCAGUGCCGAGGAGCUGAGCCCCGAGGAGGAGAACUCGUGACCCUUACCCACCCCCUGUGCUCGCGCCCGCGCCCGCACCCUGCCCAGCGCGCCAAGCCACCCUCACCCAGCGCCCACUCCCAAAGCCACCCUGCAACGCUUCAACGCCCACCGCCACUCCGCCUCUGACACAACAGUGUUGAGGAGCGGAGGAGGAGGAGGAGAACUUGUGGCUCUGUCCCAACGACGCCCCACAACACUUAACGCCCCGACACCGCAGCUCAAAGCCCCGCCUUCCCAGCUUCUCCGUCUGCUGACAAGAGGAGAGCUCGCGAGCCUUGCCAGCCCAACGCUACCCUGCAACACUUAAAAGCCCCUAAACUCCACCAUGCAGCACCUGCCCCCACCUCAAUGCACUCUUCUCCUUCAUUUGCUGACUUGCCCAACCCCGCCUCCCACACAAACCAACCCCGGGACCUCUUAAGCCCACCCACCCUACAAAAAAAGAGAUAUGCACACUAACUUAAAAACCCUCGCAUCAUGACGAUUAAACCUCCAGUGCCAAGCCAAGACUCUUCUUUUGUGAAAAAAACGCAACCAAACGAAUACAAACUCUUUGGGGAAAGAAGACAAAAAAAUAUCAAUGAAUGACACAGAAAAGAGGACAAAGGUUUUGACGUGUUACUGACUUACACACAUAUACACAGACAGACAGACACACACACACACACACACACACACCAUAGCAGUAUAAAAAAAACGAGCAUACAACUUCAGGAUUACUGUGACUGGCGGAGGAAGAGGAGGAGAAAAGAACUGAUAAACGAAAAGAAGAGGAGGAGCAGAGGAGAAACAAUGAUAAACGAAAAGAAGCGGAGAGAACUGACGAACGAAAAAAAAAUAAAGAUGAGGAACUUGCCCCCAUCAUCUGCUAAAGCAAAACAGCACUGCUGUUCUGUUUCUGUUUUGUCUUUUUUUUUCUUCUUUUUUUUAAGGAAAGGUUCUUAUGUGUUUGUUUUUUGGUCUUGUUUGUUUAUGCGUAUGUUUGUGCGUCCAACCCCCCUCCCACUCUCCUCCCCUCCUUUCCUCUCUUGUAUUCUUUUUUUUUCCUCGCUGUAUAUUGUUCCCAGUGGGUGGACAAAAAUAAAACAAUGAAAGUGAUGUAUUUAUUUUUUAGGAGAUCUUUGUAACAUUCAAACAUCCUCGUGUAAAUCAGAACCUGUACAGUUCUCUUGGUUCAUUUCUGUUUGUUUGUUUGUUGUUGUUGUUGUUGUCGUUGUUGUUGUUGUUGUUUUUUUUUGGUUUUGCGCUGAGUGAGAUAAGAGUGUGAAAUGAGUACAUGUGCAAGUGUGAGAAUAUGUAUCGUACACGUGUGCAAGUGUGUGUGUGUGUGUAUGUGUGAGAGAGAGAAUGAGAGUGAGAGUGAGUGUGUGAGAUAUGGAUUGCGUGUGUGUGAGCUUGUGUCUGUAAGUGAGUUCACUGCAUCGACACAGUUACUGUGAGAAAAGAGGACACACAAGCCAGCUGCUGCCUGGACUCUAUGGGGGAAAAUCCUUGCUGAUUUUUUGCAGUCCUCUUGCCAUAUCUUUUUUGAACAAGAAAAAAAUGAAAAAAAGAAAAUUAACUGCCAAACUAUUGUAAACAAUGUAAAGUUAUAUAAUGUAAAGAAAAAAACUAAAUGAAAAUAACACUUCGACGUUUUAAUAAGAAGUAUUCACUGUAAAAUGGAGACAUUUACAUAAAAAGGUUGUAAUUUAUUUAAGAAAAAACAAAUUGUCUCUUUUUUUCUUUUGUUAAAAUUUACUAUGGUGACCUUUUGAAGUUAAAUGAAAAAAAGAAAACUUACUAUGCUGUGUAAAUAUAUACAUAUAUACAUUCACUGAUGUAUUUUUCUAAAACAUGGCUUGCUUCAAUUUCAAAAUUUUAAAAAAGUGCAAGUGUUACAUGCUUUGUACAUUGAAGUUCAAAGGGGUUUUACAUUUUCCAUUAAAAUGGAUUUAUCAAAAAUG